UGUCUCGGCAUAUGCAUGUACGAGCGUCUACACCGUAUUUAUAUGCGUAUGCGCGAAGAAGAAUGCACGUGUCAAGUGUUUGCCGCGGUCGCUGUCGACGCCCUUUGCCGUAGCUUCGAAACCGCCGUCGAGCACACGCAGGGCAUCUCCCAACUUGAACUGCUGUAUGUCGAACUCACUCGCAAAGAACAACAAAAGCAACUACGCAGAGAACAGAAAAAACUCAAGAGGAAACGCAAGAAGGGUCGUGCCGCCAAAGAGACAAAUGGUUGUGACAAAUGCAAAGAUGACGAGGAGGAAGAGGAAGAACUGGAGGACUGUUCCUGUUCGUCAACAAAAUCUGAUAAAGGAUGCCAACCUGCUGAUGGAAAAAAGAAAGAUCCACUAGUGAAAAAGAACAAUUUGGAAGCGACUCGUCGCUGGGUCGACGAUUGCAAGUGUGAAAAAGAGAAAAAGAAAAAUAGUAAGAAGAAGUAUAACAACAGUAGUAGUAAUAGUAGUAAUGAUAACGGCUACGACGCAUACCUGGGGGAUGACGAGCACAAAAAAGAAAAUGGUUCAUCGAGCGAUCACUCCCACGACUGUGGGUACUCUUCUGAGAAUGGUAACGGUAACGGCUGCUGCGAGACCGGGUCCUUGACGUCUAGUCUACCAAGUUCGCCAGACGGGUCAGAAAUGGCGUGUUCAGACGGCUGCUGUCAGACCGAACAGGACUAUGUACCCUACUCGAGAUUCUCCUACGGAAAUGGACAGCAACUUAGUUUACAAGAAAUGUUAGAGGUAACUUGUAAUCGUAUUUUUUAUUAA